GAAGCCGAACAAGAACACAUUGUUCAGCCGUCGGCUCGUUUACAGGCUACAGCCCUACCUACCUGAAACCCUCCCGGUUUCACCCGAAACCAUCGCCUUCGUGAACGCGCUCGCGAUUAGAGUUAGCUGGGAAGGCAACGAACCAGCAACGACGAGAUCGCGGCGUACAGAGAUCACCGAAACUCCCAUCUCUUCGCUCGGCUCCUAGCAGAAACCAUCGAGAAAGGUGGUGAUGAUAGUUGUGCUCUGAGGUUGGACGGUUAGUUUAAGAAGGAUGGUGCUGGUUCUAGCGCUUGGUGAUCUCCACAUCCCUCUCAGGGCAUCGGAUUUGCCGUCAAAGUUCAAGUCCAUGCUUGUUCCUGGGAAGAUCCAGCACAUCUUGUGCACUGGUAAUCUAUGUAUCAAGGAGGUCCAUGACUACCUGAAAAGCCUUUGCCCUGAUUUGCAUGUUUCACGAGGUGAAUAUGAUGAGGAUGCUCGUUACCCAGAGACCAAGACUCUAACAAUUGGCCAGUUCAAGCUUGGGCUAUGUCACGGCCACCAGGUCAUUCCAUGGGGUGAUUUGGAUUCUUUGGCAAUGCUCCAAAGGCAGCUAGACGUCGACAUACUCGUCACCGGUCACACCCACCAAUUCAAGGCCUAUAAACAUGAGGGCGGUGUUGUCAUCAACCCGGGUUCCGCAACCGGUGCAUACAGCAGCAUUACUUACGAGGUUAACCCCAGCUUCGUGCUCAUGGAUAUCGACGGACUUCGCGUUGUAGUCUAUGUUUAUGAGCUCAUCGACGGAGAAGUGAAGGUCGACAAGAUCGACUUCAAGAAAACUGCUACCACCCAAUCUGCUCCCUGAAUCUCGGUUUGGUGUUAUUGUGAUUUUAUUUGAUGAGAUGGAAGGUAAAACAAAA